AUGAAAACCGAUCUCCAAAACCUUCCUCCCCUUAUCCUCAAACCCUUUCUCCUCUUCGUCUUCCUCUCAUCCCUCUCCUUCCUCGCCUUCCUCUCCCUCCAAACCACGCCCAAACCCUCCGCCUCCGCCGCGCCAGACGACCUCCCGUCGGAUCUCAAGAUCCGUCCCGGAUACACCUCCUACGACGCCUACCUCCAGCGCCAGCUCAACAAGACGCUCGACCCGAAGCUCCGCCGGAUCUGGACCACCCGCGACUGGGACCGCAAGGUCGCCGUCUUCUCUGCAUUCUUCGACAGCCUCAAACGCCGCUCCUUCCUCGCCAACGCCUCCAAAUCGCUCUGCAUCGGGGCGCGGGUGGGGCAGGAGGUCGCUGCGCUGAAGCGGGUCGGGGUGUCCGAUUCGGUGGGAAUCGACCUGGUACCCUACCCGCCGCUCGUCCUCAAGGGCGAUUUCCACCGCCAGCCGUUCGCCGACGGGACAUUCGACUUCGAAUUCUCGAACGUGUUCGACCACGCGCUGUACCCGCGGAAGUUCGUCGGGGAGAUCGAGCGGACGCUGAGGCCCGGCGGGAUCUGCGUGCUCCACGUACUGGUGUCGAAGAGGGCAGACAAGUACUCGGCCAACGAUCUAUACAGCGUGACGCCAUUGGAGAAGCUGUUCAGUAAAUCGGAGCUGGUGGAGCUCCGGGGGAUCGACGGGUUCGGGUUAGAUACAGAGGUGGUUUUCCGGAAACGAAAGGGUUAA